AUGUCCUUUGUUAUGCUCACAGAGUCCCAACUCGGCCCACCGCAUGCCACCCCUGGAGUAAAUGGCGAUGGCGCGUCGUCGAGGAGCAAACGUGCAUCCGGCGUACAAAGCGAUGAUCCGGGCGCGGAUAAUGGGUCAUUUGCUGACCAGGUCGAGCGGACGAGUCGAUUGUUUGAUAUUAUCUCGGCUCGCUCUGACAUUGAUCAUCCGAUAUGUACGGAAUGCACGGAUAUGCUGGUGGAAGGGCUACAACAGCGGCUUGUGGAAGCGACGAAAGAGCGCGACGCAUACAUCACAUUUCUACGGAACCUAAACUCGUCGGUCCCGACGCAGGAGGAGCUAGAAGCCGCUGAAAAGUCCCUCAAAGAGACGCUGGAGGCCGAGGAGGCGGCAUAUGCGGAGCUGGUCGCGUUGGAAAAGGAGAAAGUUGACCUGGAUGAGGAGAUUGCGCAGCUAGAAGAGGAGUCUCGCCAACUAGAUUACGAAGAGGAGAAGUUCUGGCGCGAUCGGAAUGCGUUCUCGUUGGUGCUUGCCGAUUUCCAGAACGAGCGGGAUGCGUUGAAUAUGAAAUUCAACCACGACUCUCGCCAACUGGAACGGUUACAGCGAACCAACGUUUACAACGAUGCCUUCUGUAUCGGUCACGACGGCUAUUUUGGAACAAUCAACAGCCUCCGUCUCGGCCGGCUGGCUAAUCCCUCGGUCGAAUGGCCUGAAAUCAACGCUGCCUGGGGCCAGACGGCGCUGCUGCUGGCUAUCAUAGCCGAGAAACUAAACUUUCAGUUUCACGGGUACCGUAUACGGCCGAUGGGAUCGAUGUCCAAAAUCGACAAGAUCGAGUAUCCGCGACCGUCACCGGCGCAAUCGACCGUCGACGGGGCCAAUAACGCCAACCUAUCAGCGGCCCCCAAAAUCACCAGCCUGGACCUAUUCUCUUCAGGAGACCUGCCGCUUCAUAUUCCAUGGCUUCACCGCCGAUUCGAUGCAGGAAUGGUGGCCUUUCUAGACUGUGUACGCCAACUAGGAGAACUUGUGGAGAAAGCACCCGUACGCCCAACCCGCCGAGACCAGCCUCGAGACCAGCCUGGAGCCGUCGUACCCGGGAUGAAACUGCCAUACGCUAUCAAACGAGACAAGAUUGGCGACGCCAGUAUCAAGUUAGGCUUCAAUCAGAACGACGAGACCUGGACGCGUGCUUGCAAGUAUACCUUGACGUGUUGCAAAUUCCUGCUGGCCCAUGCUAGCAACGUUGCUGGCGCACGCUCGACCAACUCAGCCGCCAUGGCAGCUGCAGCCGUUGCCGAGCAAGCGAGACUUGCCACCAGUCCUUCCAAGAAAUAG